ACUAAAAAAUGUACAUAUUCCGCGUGGUUUCAAUAUGAAAAAAAAGGCGCCUUCUGCGUGGCGAGCGCUGCCAGCGCAUUGCGCUUGCAGGCGCCUCCAGCCGCGGCGGGGCUUCUCUCUUCUUUCAGCUCUUACUUCUUCAUCUUCUUUUUUUUCCCCCAACGCGCAGAAAUGUCAGGAGAUGCAAUUAACAAGAAGAAAAUUGUUACAUUUGUGUUCUGCUAAAUUGCAGAGAGAGCCAGAUAUAGGGGUUGCAGGCGGAGAAGUCCGGCGCUCGAGCGCUCUACAGCAGGGGGGUCGCGGGAGCUCGGGGACGGCGCGGUCCCCGGAGUCCCCCGCCUCGCGGGCAGGGAGCGCGGCUCCCGGGGCUGCUGGGCGGGGGGCGAGCGUCGGGCAGGGGCCGCCUCGGUGUACUUGGCCGAGCCCCGCGCCCCCGAGCCCGCGGCCCCCGCCCCGCCGCUGGGUCCGCUGGGUCCAGCGGACGGACCGCGGAGGCUCUGGAGUUUGCAGGGCGCUCUUCGCCUUCCGAUCGCUCGCGGGGAGUUUGUGCAAACCUUCCGGAGUUGGAGCACCGCGGGGGAAGCAGCGGGUCCCGGGCGUGCUGGGGCCCAGGUGGUGGCCCCGGGCUUUCCCUGGCAGCCCCCGGAUCUCGGAGGCGCUCCGGGCGAUCGCGCGUGUGUCUGCUCGUGUGUUUGCGAGCGAGCUGGCUUUAGUGGAUUAACGACUCGGGUUAACUUGGGGUGGAUUUGGAGGCAGGGAAGCCGCAGGUCUUAUGAAUGGUGUUCUC